GUCAUUAAUGUUAGUUUGGUAUUUAUGGCAGCUUUUAUUUUUAUUGUUUUCUUUGCAAGAACAAUUGAAGUUCUUUUGGCCGGCCAAAUAUUAUGUGGGAUUCCAUGGGGUGUAUUUGCGACUAUUGGUAUUUCAUACGCUUCCGAAAUAGUUCCCCUUCAAUUGAGAGGAUAUUUAACAGCUAUUAUCAACUUAUAUUGGGCAACUGGACAAUUUGUUGCUGCUGGAGUAUUACAGGGUCUAGUUAAUACUCAAACUAAAUAUUCUUACAAGAUUCCUUACGCAUUACAAUGGAUGUGGGUAGUGCCUUUAUUUAUAUUGACUCUCUUCGCUCCUGAUUCUCCUUAUUAUUUAAUUAGAAAAGGGAGAUUUGAAGACGCUGAAAAAUCAAUUAGAAGAUUAAGCUCCAAGAGAAUUGCUCAUACCGCAAAGGAUAGACUUGCAUUAAUGAUUUAUACUAAUAGUCUUGAAAGAGAACACGAUAGAAUAAAUAACGAAGAAAGUGGUGGUUGGAAAGGUUAUAUUCAAUGUUUCAAAGGAGUUAAUUUAAGGAGAACUGAAAUCAUGUGCCUUUCACUUGCUGGUCAAGUACUAGCAGGCUCUACAUUUGCUUAUUCUCCAAGUUAUUUCUUCUCACAAGCCGGUCUUAAUAGUAAAAAUACAUAUAAAUUAAAUCUUGGAACUACUGGCAUUGCUUGGUCAGGGACAGUUUGUUCUUGGUUCUUAUUAUCAAGAUUUGGCAGAAGAACUAUUUAUGUAACUGGAUACUUUUUCUUAGUGUUAUUCUUAUUCUUAAUUGGGAUUUUAGCAAGACCCGCUGAAAAUAACUCAGCAGUGAAAUGGGCUCAAGCUGCGAUUACAAUGUUAUGGGUUAGCACUUAUGCUUUGACAAUCGGUCCUCUUGCUUUUACAAUAACAGCAGAGACUUCUGCUACUAGAAUUAGAUCACAGUCAAUUGCACUUGCUAGAAAUGCUUAUAAUAUAGCUUCAUUGGUUUCAAAUGUUGUUGAACCAUAUCUCUUGAAUCCUAAUGAGGCUGAUCUAAAAGGAAAAACUGCAUUUAUUUGGUUCGCUACUGCUUUUCCUACAUUGAUUUGGUGUUAUUUUAGAUUACCCGAAACAAAAGACAGAACUUACGAAGAAUUAGAUUUGUUAUUUGAAAAGAAGAUCCCUGCAAGACAAUUUGCUUCAUACGAUCUUGAUUCAGAUAUGAAAAAUAAAAAUAAUAAACUCUAAUUUAAAAUGUACAAGAAAAUAGUUACGUGUGUUAUUGAAUCGAUAACUGUUAAUUAAAAUAAG